AUGAAAGGUUCAACAACAAUCAGAACAGCUCUGUUGACGGCGGUGGCAAGCAGAGCAGCCGCCGAUUGUUCAACUUCCAGUAUCCAAGCAUUGCUUCCCUCUUUCGCCAGUGUCGAUUUUGUAUUAUGGCAAGCCGGAGGAUCGACUUUUUCGGUCCCUGCUGGAGAUAUCGCGUACCCAUCUUCGCCCACAAACCUGAUGGCUCACUGCGCUGUCCAAAUUCGAGUCAAGAAUGGCACUUCCGAUUAUGGCUUUGGCAUGUUCUUGCCUGACGACUGGAAUGGAAGGUUCUUAGCGGUAGGAAAUGGUGGCUAUGCUGGCGGCAUUAAUUGGAAAGAUAUGGGCGGUGGUCUAGGAUAUGGUUUUGCAGUCAUGUCUACCGAUACUGGACACAAUAGCACAUCCUUCGACGGCACAUGGGCCUACGGACAACAGGACAAGCUGAAAGAUUGGGGUUACCGUGCUAUGCACGGUUCCACCGUCGUGGGCAAGCAGUUGACUCGAGGCUAUUAUGGCUACGAGCCAAAGUACAAUUACUACAAAGGCUGCUCGACAGGUGGACGCCAAGGUCUUCGAGAUAUUCAGCUUUAUCCUGAAGACUUUGAUGGUGUCGUUGCUGGAGCACCAGCGUGGUAUCUGACCCACAUGUCGCCGUUCACCCUCAAGGCCGGCACCUACAAUCUUCCGGUCAACGGAUCUACCCACAUUCCCAGCAACCUGUUCCCUGUCAUCAACGCCGAGAUUCUUCGACAAUGCGAUGCAGCCGAUGGCGUCAAAGAUAAUAUUGUUUCCGAUCCUCAAGCUUGCAACUUCGAAAUGGACGCUCUUCUUUGCACCCCAAAAGCCAAUCAGUCUGCGUGCUUGACGGCACCUCAGCUCACCACUCUGUCCAAGAUCUACCGCGACUACGUUGAGACCAACGACACCUGGAUUUUCCCCCACUACUGGAUGGGCAGUGAGCUUGGAUGGCCUCUGGUCUUCGGUGCCCCUGCACCAGGAGGCUUAGGCGUUGAUUAUGUGACCUCCUUCAUGCAAUACGGUCCCAACUGGAAGUGGCAAGACUACGACUACAGUGUCGUUCAGAACGCAGAACGAAUUCGUCCUGGUAACGCAACAGCUGAUGACUUCAAUCUCGAGCCUUUCAAGAGAAAUGGCGGCAAAUUGCUAAUCUACCAUGGCAUGGCUGACCAGUUGAUUCCAACUGGCAGUAGCUUGUAUUUGUACUCUCAGAUUCUGCGCGAGCUUGCACCCAGAGGAAUCGAGAUUGAUGACUUUUUCCGCUUCUUCUUGGUCCCUGGCAUGGGUCACUGUAGCGGCAACUUUGCUCCAGGUCUCGCGCCAUGGUAUUUCGCUGGUGGCGGUCAAGUCUUGAACUCAGGAGUCUAUGGCGUUCCUGGGUUCAGAGACGUUGAACACGAUGUUCUUCUCGCCAUGAUGCGAUGGGUCGAGCAAGGUGUUGCCCCUGAUCAGAUCAUUGCCACCACUUGGGAUAACGAUACUACGCAAGACGCAGUCUUGAGACAAAGACCACUUUGCAUGUAUCCCAGGAAGCAGAAAUACCUUGGUGGGAAUGUGGACAAAGCAGAGAGCUGGACAUGUGCUUGA